AUAAAAUGGUAAAAUUUAUUUUAUUUAAUGAACACAACAUGUGUUGGGAUGAAAUAUCGCGAUAAAUCGGUAAAUCGCUUUUUUCCUACACCCCAAUUUUUUUAAGUAGAGGGAAUUUGGACAUAGCAAAUGCCUUAGAAAACGACUAAAUUAAGACAAAUUUGAUUGGAGUGGGUCUUUAAACCUUUUUUUAAGUAUCUUAAGUUUAGAAAUAAAAAAAAAAAGAUGUCGAAUCCAAGUUAAUUCACAUACUUUCAGCACCUUAAAUGCACCUGCUGUAAUCCUGCCCUAAAAGAAAGACAGACAUCACUGUGAUAAACACUUUAUACAUAAAUUGAGAGCAUUUAUAUGUCCAUUUUUGGAUCAUUUUAACCUUUUUAGUGAGAAGUGUUGUCUGAUCGAUCCCUUGAAUUUCUUGGGUGAUGGAAACCGGAUUAUAUUUCAAAGUACCUAAUUCUGAGAUAUUUGACACAAAAGAGAUGUAUAAUUUUAAUAUUUGCUUGGAUUUGAAAUGUGGAUCUUUAAUAUCACUGAUAAAUAACUAUCUUUGCCAUGUUGGUGCAGCUGUAAAGUCUUCUGGAAAUAAAAAGACUUAUAAGAAACUGUUUUUGUGUAGAUUUUUUUUUGUUUUUUUAGGAAAUUUGGAACAUUGUUACUCGGUUGCUCACUGGACCCAAACGUCCUUGAAGGUGCAGGCCUCAGCUUCAGCAUUAUUCCUGCGUUAGCGCGUAGGACCAAAGGUCAGCGAGGAGCUAUCAUUGGAGUUUGCCCGUGCGCUCAGUCAGUCAGUCAGAAGCAGGCGGACUGUGUGCGGCUCCAGAGCUCUUUCUGUGGCAGAAGUUUACGGACAUGGAGAGGAUCUAUGAAAACAUCGAUAAGGAGGACGUCCAGGAUGGAGCCGACAAAGAGCCCAAGUAUGAGAACACUAAGGGACCUGUUUAUGAGAACACAGGCGAGCAGCUGUACAGCAAGGUGCAGAUCCACACAUCUGAAAAGGAAGAGCGCGACUCCCCGGACCUGAUGGAGGUCAAGAACCAGGAGGAGCGCAGAUCCUCGUCCUCGUCGUCCAGCGACGAUGAGAACAAAGCUGAGGAGGAGGUAAAGGUGAUGGAGGAACUGCAGCAAACGCUGGACGAGGAGAGCUCUAAGGUGGUCAAGGAGAACGAAGAGGGGCCUGAAGAGAUCUCCAAAGCCUAUGAAGUGAUCGAUGAGGUGCUCAAAGAGAUCGAAGAGGAUCCUGAGAAGAUCUCUAAAGUCCAUGAAGAGAUACAGGAGGCACUCAAAAAGAGCGAAGAGGAUCCUGAGAAGAUCUCUAAAGUCCUUGAAGAGAUUCAGGAGGGUCUCAAAGAAAGCGAAGAAGAUCCUGAGAAGAUCUCUAAAGUCCUUGAAGAGAUUCAGGAGGGUCUCAAAGAAAGCGAAGAAGAUCUCAAUGGUCCUGAGAAGAUCACCCAAGCCCACGAAGAGACUGAAGAGGCGCUCGAAGUCCAGAACAGAUCCAGACAUUCGUCCGUCUCUUCUCACGACUCGUCCACUCAAGGUGACCCGUGCGACGACCCGCCCGUCCAACUGCAGACCCUAGACGACAACAACCCAGAGGACGGGACGCUGACGGCGUCCGACACUGACCCGAAGCCCGACCAGCCAGAUGACCACACCCUGAAAACUCUGGAGAACGUCACUUUAGAAGAGGAGAAGAAGGCGCCGGCGGAUCCCAGCGCACCGAACAUCUGUCUGUUCGUGAAGGCCGGCAUUGAUGGAGAAACCGUCGGGAACUGCCCCUUCUCUCAGCGUCUCUUCAUGAUCCUUUGGCUCAAAGGCGUCGUCUUCAACGUCACCACCGUCGACCUCAGGAGAAAGCCUGAAGAUCUGCACAACCUGGCCCCGGGGACACACCCUCCGUUCCUCACCUUUGAUGGAGAAGUCCGGACAGAUACCAACAAGAUCGAGGAGUUUCUAGAGGCGACGCUCUGCCCUCCUAAGUAUCCCAAACUGGCUGCCAGGCACCGAGAGUCCAACAUAGCUGGAAAUGACAUCUUUGCCAAAUUCUCAGCCUACAUCAAGAACACUAAACCUGAGGCCAACGAAGCUCUGGAGAAAGGCUUGACCAAAGCCCUGAAGAAGCUGGACGACUACCUUAGCAGCCCCCUGCCGGACGAGGCCGACGCUAACAGCUCCGAGGAGGGCUCCAGCAGAAGCUUCCUGGACGGGAACGAGCUCACGCUUGCAGACUGCAACCUCCUGCCCAAACUGCAUAUCGUCAAGGUCGUUGCUAAGAAGUACCGUAACUACGACAUCCCGGCGGACAUGAAGGGGGUGUGGCGUUACCUGAACGAAGCCUACGCCCGCGACGAGUUCACCAACACCUGUGCUGAAACCGCCGAGAUCGAGACCGCCUACAAAGACGUGGCGAGGAGACUGGCCAAGUAGCUCUGAAACGAACGGUCCUGGCCCCGUCGGUCGCUGAGCAAGAGAUCAAUCAAACCCAGCAUCAAACGCCGCCAUAAAAGUCUCGGCUUCUCACUCAAAAGUGAUUGUCUGUAUUUAUUUCUCGUAACACAAAGGUCUCUUUCAGACAAACUCCGACACACGGCCAAAUAUUUUACUAGCUGCUGAUGUCAAGGUCGUUCUCUUUAUUUAUUCCCGAAUCCACAGAAGUCUAGUCUGACUCCAGUGUUUAUUAUCAAUCUCUGGCUCCCGGGGAGACACCUUGUUUCAUCUGUGAUUGAUGAUUAAUGCUAAAUAUGUGUUGAAUAUGACCCUUCUCAACCUGCAGUUUCAUUUCGAUCAUCAAUCAUUACCUAAAGUAUUGCUCUCCUGGUUUUUUCCCCGAGCUUAUGCGUGUCUUGAGAUUCACUCCGGCCUUAAAUAGAGACUUUCUCUCACUCUUUCAGCAAGAACAAACUCCGGCCAGAAGUGAAGGCUUUAACAGAACAAAGUUUGUGUUGGACGCGCUCGCAUGUAUUCAAACGUGAUAUAGAACCCUUCAGAACACUAAAAAACCCCUUCCACCGGAGGAUAGAAACCCACGCCAACGUCACUGAUGGACUCGUUCUGACAAAUGCAAAAAGCUUAUUAGCGCUCACUCCAAGUAUUGAUUUUGUCUUAAGUUACCGCAUGAUAUUACAAAUGGAGACACUAUUUAUUUAGCAGUCCCAAUCAGGCCUGAUUGGGCCGCGCCAUUAGAGCGGCGAUGAAAAGGGGUCCGGGGUGGUCGGGAGCCCCGCCCUCCAGGUGACCGAUGGAAAGCUCGUUCUUCCGCUGUGAUGAGUCUAUUUAAAAACCCUGAGGUUUCUUUGAACGGAAACUCGUCUCCGGGCUUAUCGUCUUUGGCCGCCGCCGCAGCGAGACUUCCGUGAAGGGCCGUAAUGCUCUGGUGCGGUUUGGACAAACACACGAUACGAAACUGGAGCAUGAUGACUGAGAGGCAAACGUCUGCAAAUAAAAUAAUAUUUUCACAGA